AUGCUUCCCUUAUGGAUCGCUUUUAUUCUCGGUCUCAGCAGCGCUUCGACAGCCGAUGUGAACUCGCUUGUUGAUUGUUUCCCUGAACCGGGUGCCAGUCCGUCGCUCUGUCAGGCCAGAGGAUGCAUCUGGCAGGAAGCCCCUCAGGAUGCUCCUGAGGGUACACCAUGGUGUUUUUAUCCGACUGCUUCAGGAUUCAGAGUUAUGUCACAACUCUCCUCCUCCCAUUACGUACUGACAUCAGCAUUCAACAACCCAUAUGGUAGCAAUAUCUCUCCAUUGAAUGUGACUAGUCGAAUCAAUGGGGCGACGCUCUUCGUGACUAUCGGGAACAACGAUAGGUACGUGCCACCAGCGGAUUUUCCAAAUCUACCAACGACUUCCACAGAAACGCUCUCGUUCAAAAUGGUUACUAUCCCUUCCAGUGACCUCUUCGCCUUCCAGAUAGUUAGGGAAUCCACGAAAACCAUUCUUUGGGACACCACAAUUGGUGGAAUGCAGUUUGCUGAUAAAUUUAUUCAAAUUGCUACUUAUCUUCCAUCUCGCAACGUAUUCGGCUUUGGACAACAUAUUCAUCAUCGACUGAGACAUGACUUCUCACGCUAUACUGUUUGGCCAAUGCUAGCCAGAGAUAUUGGGCCGGAUUCGAGCAGCCCUCUCAGUACUCAGAAUCUUUACGGUGUUCACCCAUUCUACAUAUGUGUCGAAAACGACGGCAAAUCUCAUGGCGUUUUCAUUUUCAACUCAAAUGCACAGGAAGUCGUUACGGGACCAGGUCCACAUCUAAUCCACCGUACAAUUGGUGGCCGAUUAGACAUGGCCUUUUUCCCUGGUCCAACACCCGAAGAAGUAGUCCAGCAGUAUCUUGCUUAUAUUGGCCAUCCAUUUUUGCCAGCCUAUUGGGCACUUGGAUAUCAGCUUUCUCGUUGGGGAUACCCAAAUUUGGAUGCCAUGAAAGCGGUUGUUGCAAGAACACAAGCUGCUCAAGUUCCUCUGGACGUUGCCUACGCCGAUAUCGAUUAUAUGGAUCGUUACAAAGAUUUCACAGAAGGGCUGAAGUGGGCUGGUUUCGGUUCGUACGUGGAUAAUCUGCACAAAAUGGGUCUUCACCUCAUACUUAUCUUUGAUCCAGCUAUUGAAGCGGAUUACGCAAGCUUCAAAAGAGCUCGUGAUCAGAACGUGUCGUUCAUUGAAUGGGUAGAUAAAUCUCAAGUUCCCAUGAACCUUCAAAGUCGAUAUCCUAUGGUUGCCGACAGUCUAAUUAUGCUCGGGAAUGUCUGGCCUGACAACAACACAGCAAUGCCGGACUUCCUUGAUCCGACUAACGUUACGAUGAAGUGGUGGAUUUCCGAAUUCCAGCUUUUCCAUCAAACGGUGUAUAACCGACAAGGAGAGCAUUUGUGCUCCAAAACAUUGUGUAUGCUCGGAAAAACCGGAAGACGCACCAUGGACUUCUACAAUACGAAGAAUCUCUAUGGAAUGUCUGAAGCUAGAGCGACAAUCCAGGCUUUGUCGGCCACAACUGGCAAAAGAGGAGCAGUGAUUUCAAGAUCAACGUUCCCCUCGUCCGGACGUUACGGGGGAGUCUGGUUGGGCGACAACACGGCCACCUGGAAGGAUCUACAGACUUCAGUUGUAGGUGUUAUGGAGUUCAACUUCUUCGGUCUCCCAUAUGUGGGUUCGGAUAUCUGUGGAUUCAAUGGGAACACAACAGAGGAAUUAUGUCUACGAUGGCAUCAAAUGGGAGCAUUCCAUCCAUUUUGCAGGAAUCACAACACCGAACAAGGAUCUCCUCAAGAUCCUGCCGUUUGGCCAGCUGUCGCCAAAGCUGCCCGGAUUGCCCUCGGAUUCCGUUAUCAGUACCUUCCUUAUCUAUACAGCUUGUUCUAUUCUGCCGCACUCGAUGGCCACACAGUGAUCCGACCGCUAUUUUUCGAAUACCCAACCGAUUUCGUGGCCAUGGAGAUCGAUCAUCAGUUCCUCUGGGGUUCAGCGAUCAUGGUAGCACCAGCGCUCGAGCCGAAUGUCACAUCAGUGCAUGCAUACUUCCCUGCCGACAUCUGGUACUCUUUGAUACCUGCAACUUAUGGGCAACAGAUAGAUAUUGGCUAUGUGGACGUCGAAGCUAAACUGGAUACUCUCACUCCAGUAUUUGCACGGGGUAAGCUGAAAUCUUGCGAAGAACAUCGGUCAACCGCAUUCGGAGCGUCUGUAAGGGUUGGGUCUUAA